AUGGUCGGGUUUUCUUCCGACACCGAUGAAGACUCUACCAUUGAAGAAAUCAUCUCUCAAGCACAAGAUUCAAUCCUCCUUAAACAAAUCUCUGCCAUCAAUUGUUCAUCUUUCACCCAUUCUGAUCUCCCCCCUGACCUCGAAUCACGUUUUCACAAACUCAAAUCCUUCCCUGCUAAUCACACCACCCCACCACCUUACCGUCCCGAACCUCCCACCUUUUCAAACUCCAAUUCAGCAAACCCCCAAAAAAGUUUCAAUCUUUCACCUACCCAACAAACUAAAUCCAUAAAUAAUCCAGAUUCUGAUUCUGGGUCUGUCUUUUCUCACUCAAAUUCUUCCCAUGAGAAAAAGGGUCCGAAACCAAAACCAAAACCAAAAAAUGGGUCUUUUUCUCCCUCAGACUCUUCUCAUACCUCAGAAGAAAGUUCAAUGUCUUCACUGUUCAUGCCGUUGCAAAUGAAGAAAGAUAAAGAGAAACACUCAAAGGUGAAGUAUGUGUCUCCUAGCCCGUCGCCGCCUCGAAAAUGGGGUUGUUUUUGGUGCUCUCCUAAGAAGGAGAAGAAGAAGGAGAAAAGCAAGGAGAAUGAUGAUAUGGUUGGGUCAUUGGAGGAAUAUACAAGUGACGAGUUCUUGUCUGAUACUAGAAGUUUGUCAACCAAGAAACGGAUUAAUAUGAUUGAGAAAGCAUUGAAGGAAGAAGAGGAGAAGAUUAACCGUGAGGCUGAGAAGAUUGUUGAAAUGGUUAAACAUGCAUCUGCUAGGAUGAAUAUUUCUGAUAUUGAGGAUGAGUUGAGUGAUGAUUAUUAG